AUGACGCGUUUACGAUUAUUGACAAAAUUCGUCAAUCGAAAUCCUCGAAACAUUGAGCAACUUGGUCUUCAAACUUAUCCGACAGGCUACGGAAUGGAUGUUGAUCGACAUAAGCAUUCAUUUAUAUAUAGGGCCAAUUUCCAGCGACAUCGGCAAUAUGUUGAAGGUUACAUAGAACACUACAAGGAAGGCAUAGUGUUAACGGCAUCUUCGCGUGAAAAACAAAUAUCUGCACAGCUUUGCAGUCGUUCUGAUAUUUCUGCUUGUGCAAACGUUGGCCGUGUACUCGGUUUAAGGUGUGCCAUGGCUGGAAUACAUUUCUUACAAAAUAUUGAUAUGGAAAAUAUCAAAAAGAGUGUACACGCAUCUGCAUUUUUUGAUGCCUUAACAGAAAGUGGAAUCAAAUUCGGAGAACCGCAGCCUACCCCGCAUACUUUUGAGGUUGAUCCUCAAUUAACCUAUGACAGCUAUGAAAUACAUCAUACUCGUGAAGAUAACAUUGAGUAG